UCGGUUUUGCUUUUUAGGGAGUCGAUUUACUCUGUUUUGAGUUUUAUAAUUUUGUAAAUAAUGAAUUAGUUUCAGUAAAAUAUUCUUAUUUAGGCUGCAUUUUGUAUUAUAAGUAUAGAAGAUGGUUUUUUGGAAACUCCCCUGCACUGUAUAGCUGCUGUCUGGGCAAUAUGAUGCUCUAAUAAAUACGGAACAUAGAGUUGCAAAUCGAUUCUUAUCAGAAUUGUUCAUUCCUCAACCAGCAUCAAAGAUGUAAGAAUAUAUGUCCAUUCUGGGAAAUGAUUCAUAGAUACUUCUUUUUAUUGAUUUCUUUUCAUAGUGAGAAAAAUAGAGACUGUAUUUGUGGUUUAAAUUAUUGGAUGAAACUGUUAUUCUUAGUUAUCAUAUAUCAGGUUUUUAGUUGUAUAAAAAUGGCCAAUUAUAGAAUCCACAAUAAGUUUUUCAAUUGAUGAAGGUAUGAUGUGAUUUUACUGAUUUUAAAUCAUUUGGGUGAAUUUUAGCAGUGUUUGUGUAUCCCUGAUAGGUUUGGCAAGUGUUGGGAAUAUUGGAUGCAAGGCAUGGAUCAAAAUAUGUUUCUAUUUGAGAUUUGACUUAAGAUUCUAUGUUAUUUCUUGGAAUAGUUCUUUGAAUUUUAUAAAAUAUUAAGGAGAUAAGUGAUGUAUUAGAUUUAGAAUUUGUUAUGUAGCUGUGGAAUUUUUAAACAAUUUCAUGAUAUGUUCGUUGGAAUCAUUAAAAAAAUAAUAAUAAUGAGGUGGCAGAUGCAACACAUAGUGAAGGAGAGCCUAGUUGUAUCGGGGAGAUGUGAAUAAGAUGAAACAAAUGAUUUUGUAAAUUAUGAAGAAGGAGAUAGCAGUGUUGCUGGUUUUUAAAACUAAAAUGUUGAUGGUGUUGAAAGAUUGAAAUGGUGUUUGAUUUUGUACUAGUCAUUUUAGUGUUUAAUACCAAGGAGUAUUGUAAUGGCACAGUGGUCCAACAUUGAAUUAAAUGUAGGGAAAUUGUUGUUUAAAAUGUAAGUUACAAGAGAACGCCUAAGUACUAAGUAGGAGAAGAAAAAAGUACAAGGAAAUCAUUUAAGCUAAUUACUAAAGGAUCUAAGAAUGCAGUUGUCCAAGUAAAAAGAGAAUAAAAGAGAAAGGACUUGAGCUCUUCCAACAUCAUUUCUUGGUCCUCGAAGUUUCUGUCAUUGUGUUUCUCCACAAGCACCGCAUAAGGCAAGAAGGCACCAUCUUUCAAAUGAGAGCACUCUGAGAGCUACCACCCGUCCACCUACAAGCAAACAAGUCAAUCACCUUAUUAGGCAUAACUCAAGACAUCCCAAAGCGAUUGAAGAUAGCAUUCCAUAGAGCACGGGCAACCUCACAAUGGAGAAGUGGAUGAUCUACGGAUUCCCCAUUCCGUUUGCACAAGCAGCACCUGUCGACUGCAAUGACAUGCCUCUUCCUAAGAUUGUCCAUGGUAAGAAUUUUCCCUAGAGCCGCGAACAAGUGAAAAAAGCAACUUUCAAAAAGCAGAGAAUUUUCCCUAGAUCCACGGACUCCCCAUUCCAUUGAAGUCAUGUCUUUCAUAUAAUAUUACACUUUUUUCAAAAAGCAAAAAAUGUUUUCCAGCUUCAUAUUCAUUACUUGACCAUACUUGGAGAAGUGAUUGAUCCUAUUACCUUUUCAUCUCCAAAUCGUUGACACUUAUCAUUUAUUAUGUUUCUUUCGGAAGAGAAAUGUGGUGUUGGGGAAUGUCAAGACAUUGGAUCUAAUUCAAGGAAAACUCGAAAUUUUCACAUGACAAGCUUUCUCGGUUGUAUGGAAACUAUAAUAGAUUUAAAUCACUGCUGCUUUAUGCACGUUGUUUGAGUUUGGAAACCUUAUUUUGGCUCCACUUUGAUCACCAUUUCCUGGUAAUUCGUUUUGUUGGGUAUAUGGUCUCAUCAGUAAUUGUUAACAUAUAUUUUCAUAUUUUUCAACCUGUUUAUGAAUAGUCCAAUCAUCUGUUUCCAAUAGUUGAGGUGUACUGGGAUAGAUGAGGGUUAGAGAAUUGGGAGAAUAGAAUAAUUGGAAUAUAGUGGAAAUACAUAGAAAAUGGGAAGCUCAUACUUGUGGUGUUGUCCCCUCAUAAAAUAAUUCUAUACUUUGUUCAAAAGGAAUUUAUCCUGUCAUAUUGUAAGCAGGACCCACCAGGAAAUUUUUGAUGCACUUUUCUAUUAGGCUUUGUAUUGAAAAAAGAAAUAAUAAAAAUGGGUGCAUGUGGUUAUAAUAGGGACAAAUAAGUCCUCUAUAACGAAGGGAGCACCUUUUUUGGUCAUAUCAUGCUUAGGUUCUGGAAGAUCAUAGCAAGUAACUCUUUUUCUGGAGGUCGUGUCCUCUGCGCAAAAAACAUGGUUUCAAAACUGAACAAGCUUAAGCUACCUCUUAAGUGGGAGCAUGUUGCCAAGAUAGCAGGCAUGGGAGUUGCUCCUGGGAGACUGCAUGUGGCCUGUGCAAUGGUUGGAGCAGGUUCUGUGGAAAAUCUGAAACAAGCUUUUGCACGGGGAAGUGAGCCUCUUGCAGAGGAAGCUAUACAAUUGAUAUCUAAUACAGAGGGUGUGGCUGUGCUAGCUCAUCCAUGGGCACUGAAAAAUCCUGUUGCCAUUAUCAGGAGACUGAUAGAGGCUGGCCUUCAUGGGAUGGAGGUUUACAGAAGUGAUGGAAAACUAGCCGCAUACAGUGGCCUAGCCGAUGGUUAUGGUCUUUUGAAGCUGGGUGGAUCUGAUUAUCAUGGAAGAGGUGGACAUGGACAUUUUAGAGAGUUAUGCCGAGGAGCCUUCAGAUUCGAAUCAAGCAAAGAUUACAAGAUUAGGGAGGACCCGGAUUUUUAAAGGGGGCUCCCCCAUGAGUUGCAGCUAGGACUUAAUCGAUCGUUGCUUGUCUUUGUGGUUGACCAAUGAAGAGAGACAAAAUGCAGAGUUUGAAGCCAUUAGGCUGAAGCUUAACAAUAUCUCUAUUAAUCAGGGAGGACUUCAGGUUCCUAUUGAGAGUAAAUAGUUGUGAGUUGUUUCUCUGUACUAAUUUUCUUCCUAGGCCACGAUAUCCAUCUUGUUUCUCAAAUCCAAUAUCUCUAUUAAUCAGGGAUGCCUUUCAUUAUUAUUUACUUUUUAAUUUAAUGUUUGGUUAAAUAAAAUUAUGGUGUUGUUAUCUUA